AUGGACCUCAUCCCUCCGUCUUACGAGUCGGCCACGGACAGAGACGCAUGGUCAAUAAUUGCACGCUACAUUCCCUCUAGCGACCUAUGUGCUGCCUCCUUGGUCUGCCAGCGAUGGCAUGGCCUGUUUAUGCCCUUUCUGUGGGGUGACCCUGCGUCGCAUUUCGGCCAAGAGAACGAUGCAGUCUAUGUGGCUCUCACGCGAUUCCGCAGAACCCUCAGAUUUGCUCGGGAGGAAGUGCGAGCAUUGACUCAUACCCUGCAUCUUCCACCCGCUCUAUCGGAGAUCUAUGGUGGCCCGCGCCCGGGUUGGUUAAGAGACAUCCUCGAGUAUCUGCCAUGCCUGCAAUGUCUGAUGGUCUCCAAAUUGCCCUUUUUCGACCACAAUGCCAUGACAGCGUUGAAGGACUGCCAGAGGUCAAAUCAAUAUAACAUACGCCUUUUACUGGCUGAACGGGAGCCGAACACAACUUCCACAAGCCUUGCACAGACGCUGCUCUUAUUUCCAUCACUAACUUAUCUGGAUCUUUCGUAUACGACCCCUGCACGAGACCGCAAUGUAUUAUCUGCACUCAGUCAAAUGCCUUUUCUUCGGGUUUUAAAGUUACGCGGUAUCGGGCUCAGAGACAAUGACGCUGAGUUUCUAGCAAAUGUCAUUGGACGUCGUGUCCGUUGUUUGGACUUGCGGGAUAACAUGCUCACUGACAUGGCUGUACGCUCAUUGUUGCAGGCUUCAUUCCUUCCUCCAGGUCAAAGACAGCCCCAGCAAAGCCAAAUGCAAACGACUGGCUCGCCGAACCCCCUUUCUCACUAUUUGAUUCAUGAGUCUACUUCGGAUUUCUUCAAGCGGCCAGAUUUGGAUGAGCAGCUCGCAAAACUACUUGCUCAGCCCGUCCUUUAUCACCCAUGGGUAGAAGAUCUGCCAAACACUGGAGUGACCCAUCUGUAUAUCGCUGGCAAUGAAAUAUCGGUGGAAGCUGUGGCGAGUCUCUUGGUCUCAUCCCAAUUGCAUGCUUUGGAUUUUGGCACCAUCAGAACUCCAGACAAGGCAUACGAGACCCAUCAUCUUGGGCGAAAGAACUACCCUGGGGCCGAGAAGCUAGUUCCAGUCCUAGGAAAGGUGGCGGGCGAGAGCCUAAUAUACCUCCGAGCACACCAUGCUGUUCUGACGUGUGAACCACCAGCCAGAGAUGUGACAAAUGCUGUUGAGUUUCUACCAGAGCUGCCUGGACAACAACUUCCUGAUGAAGAUCAGCAAUUUGAGUUGGAUGCCUCCCAGGAGGUCUUUGAGUUGCCGGAGGACACACGACCCGUGUUUGAACUUGCAGAUACAUCGAGGGCCGACUCCAUGGGCUCGGGGCUAACAGUGGUCGUGCCUGAGACACCCCAGCUCCUAACCCCAGAUGAGCCCAUGCCAGCCAUUAGACGUGGGUCAGCUUUUGCCCCGGAAGUCGUACAAGACAGCGCCGAUGGAAGUGUUGCUAGAGUCUCUAGAACAGACACCUUCAUGUCUCUCUCAUCCGCCUCGGAAUGUGACACACUCGCCACAGAAUCGUCUCUUCAGACAACCCUUCAAUGCAACUCCCCGGUUUCAAUGAAUGACCCUCGUGCGGAGAUGAUACAACAGCUGCUGGCAAAACGACCACGAAACCAAUCAAUUCCACUUCAGGGAGGGAAAGAAAGUCGCUUUCCCUACCUGCAUCCCUCACACAUCCCUCAUAUGCAGACGUUAGUCUUGUCGGAUGUGCCCUCACACGUGGCCCCCAAUUCCUCUACAAUCCCCGCCCUCAUAAGAUUCAUCACUGCCUGCUCCAACGAAGCCUUAUUAGCAAGCCUGCAGGCCGGAUCCGACUAUUCACUUCCGCCAGGCCAGGCACGCAUGGAAGCCGAGCAGCAAAGAUCUCGGUCCAUAUUCGGGUUACGGCGUGUAGUCCUCGAGAUAACACCUGUUGAUACUUCUAAGCUGACGUCGUGGAAACCGGGGAAUCAAUACAAUGCCACAGGCCAUUCAAGCACAGGGGAUCGUGAUUCGGAGAAUCUUUGGUCUGCAGCCGCUGGUGACUUCAGUUUCUUUGGGGAGGAAGAAUGCGGAGUUCCUGCAAACGAUCCUGGCAAGUACUUCCCCAUGGCUGCUUUGAACGAGAAGGUCUCCCUCAUGCCGGACGAUGAUUCGACCUUAUCGCCUGAUUCUCCCCACCUUGGACGUCAUCCUUCACCGAGCAUGAAAUCUUCUAGUCCCCCACAAAGUCAAGCUCCGAUCCACACCUUGGAUCUUGUCGCAGAGCUUGCGGCAUUUCGUCGCGAAAGGAAGGCAGAAUACGAGCAGGGUGUUCAACGCCAAAGGAAACGGCGCAGCACAACAAGUUCGGGUGUUUCCAGUCUUCUGCCGACAUCACCCAAUCUCCCCAUGACAACAUUUGUCGAGGGUCAUUGGAAAGGAGAGCUCAAGGUAGUUCGAAACCCCAUGCCCAAGGGGCGGACGGGAAUGGUCGAUAUGUAUGGGAACUAUUUUGAGAAGGGGUAUCUGUACCCUUGA